CCGGUGUCGGCGGCCCGAGCGGCUGCAGCUGCAGCGGCGAGGGAGGUGGCGGUAGAGGAGGCGGCGGGGCCCAAGAGGGGGGCGGCGUGGGGGGCCGGCGCGUAGCCGGGACUAUGGAGGGGCAGAGCGGCCGCUGCAAGAUCGUGGUGGUGGGGGAUGCAGAGUGCGGCAAGACGGCGCUGCUGCAGGUGUUCGCCAAGGACGCCUACCCCGGGAGUUAUGUCCCCACUGUGUUUGAGAACUACACUGCGAGCUUUGAGAUCGACAAACGCCGCAUUGAGCUCAACAUGUGGGAUACUUCAGGUUCCUCUUACUAUGAUAACGUGCGACCUCUGGCCUAUCCUGAUUCCGAUGCUGUGCUCAUCUGCUUUGACAUUAGCCGGCCAGAAACACUGGACAGUGUCCUUAAGAAGUGGCAGGGUGAGACUCAGGAGUUUUGCCCCAAUGCCAAGGUUGUGCUGGUUGGCUGUAAACUGGACAUGCGGACGGACCUGGCCACACUGAGGGAGCUGUCCAAGCAGAGACUUAUCCCUGUUACACAUGAGCAGGGCACUGUGCUGGCCAAGCAGGUGGGGGCCGUGUCCUAUGUUGAAUGCUCCUCUAGGUCCUCUGAGCGCAGCGUCAGGGAUGUCUUUCAUGUGGCCACAGUGGCCUCCCUUGGCCGUGGCCAUAGGCAGCUGCGCCGUACUGACUCACGCCGGGGACUUCAGCGGUCCACUCAGCUGUCAGGACGGCCAGACCGGGGGAAUGAGGGCGAGAUACACAAGGAUCGUGCCAAGAGCUGCAACCUCAUGUGAGGGGCUGCGGUGGGGAGUGUGAGGAGGGGUGGUGAGGGGCACAAUUGUUCCCCCCGCCUGCAUCUGGACUUCCUGACCUCCUGACCCUGGCUAGGAGGUCAGGGCAGUUAGAAUGAGAAGUUUUCCUGGCCAGGAGAGCUGGAGGGCAGAGGGUGUUACCAUUCCCCACAUCCUCAUCCCCCUUCCUCUCCUCUGGAAGUUGAGGGAGCUAACAGGGUGGGCAUCUGGGGCAUGAACUGGGAUAGGGCAUGUGGGCAUUAGGGAAGAUGGCAUCAAGCAAUGACUUUGGUUGAGUCCCUAUAUAAAGGGUACCUUCCCUUUCCACCCCUGGUCCUUAAAUCCUAGUCCUGGCUUCCUUCCCUAAGGAAAGUGUCCAUUUUAUGAUCUUUUUUUCUCUCCUCUCACUUCUACAGCUGUUCUCACACAUUCUAACCUCCAGGCAACACACACUACAUUUUAAAGCAAGGAGAAGCUCCUUCCCCAUCAGCCCACCAAUCCUAGCUUUCCACUUCCCUUCCCCCAACAGUCCCAAAUAAAGCCCAUGUCCAUGGAAAA